AUGGCCCCUCAUCUGCUCAUAAGCCUCGCCGAACCCAGCUUAGACAACACGGUCGGCGCUGCUCUCCUCGGUGUAGUUGCUGCUGCAUUUCUCUUCGGAGUCACUACAUUGCAAGCGUAUUGGUACUAUCAUUCGUAUCCAAACGACUCGCUUCUGCACAAAUGCUCAGUCGGAAUCCUAUGGAUGUUGGACGCUUUACAUCUCGCCCUGACGCUGCAUGCUGUGUACACCUAUGCCGUCAAAGGGUUUGGAGAUGUUCUUGGGCUAACGCAUAUAGUCUGGUCAAUCAAGCUUCAAGUUAGCUUCAACGUAGUGAUUGUCUUGAUCGUUCACAGUUUGUAUGCGCUCCGCGUUUGGCUGCUUGGCGGAUAUCAUAGGGGUGUCCUUGGAUAUCUAGUCGCAUCGGUGGUAGCUGGUGGUUUCGUGAUUGGGAUCGUCCUCGCAUAUUCAAUAUAUACCGUCGACACCUAUCCCCAGCUUGAUUCGGUCUCGUGGACAAUCUACGCUGCGCUUGGGACUUCAACCACUAUCGACUUCGUUCUCGCCGCUGCCAUGUGCUACUAUCUACGAAAGAGCAAAGGAACCAUAACGCGAUUGAACUCGAGGAUUUCCGUCAUUAUGCAAUACACGCUGGGAUCUGGCCUCUUCACGAGCGCGUGUUCGCUCUCCGCGAUGUUCCUUUACAUUCUACUCCCUCACACGCUCAUCUUCCUCGGGGUCCAAUUCCUCCUUACGAAACUAUACGUCGGCUCCUUCCUCAUCAUGCUCAACGCGCGCGAGCGCAAGACCGUGCAACAGCUGACCUACGAAACCGUGAGCACCGACGCCUCCUGGCAACACAAGGCCCUCAAAAUCCGCACCACCUCCAGCUUUUGGAGCCCGAGUCCGCAGUCGCUGGCAUCGCCCGUAUCCCCCCUCUCGCCUCCGACGACGUUGGUCCCGUCACCAGCGCCUACCUAUCCCUGGCGUUGA